CCAACUGCACAUGGUCGUGUUUGUUGUUGUAACAUCCAGGUGAUCAAUUUUGUUAUUGUCAGACGCGAAAUGUGAGGAUAAUUAUCACCUUCUCGCCGCUGGAUUUCGCAAAUCUCGUCUUCAAACGGAUUUUGGAACUCAGAUUUCGAAGUUUGGGAUGCUGACAGUAGAUGGUCGAACUCUGUGAUUAUACGUUUUAGUCGUUAACAUCAUGUCUGAAGAGCAGAGAGGUGGUGAUAAUAACUCAAACACAAAGCCUGCCAGUCACACAAUAAAACCAAGUUACGUGCUCAAAUAUACAUUAUCAGGCCACUCAAAAGCAAUUUCAUCAGUAAAGUUCAGUCCAACAGGUGACUGGCUUGCUAGCUCAUCGGCUGACAAAGUAAUCAAGAUAUGGGGAGCUUAUGAUGGCAAGUUUGAGAAAACACUAGCAGGCCACAAACUGGGUAUUAGUGAUGUUGCUUGGUCUCAUGACAGUAGAUUACUUGUUUCUGCAUCAGAUGACAAAACUCUGAAAAUAUGGGAACUUGCUUCGGGAAAGUGUGUGAAAACACUUAAAGGACACAGCAAUUAUGUCUUUUGUUGUAACUUCAACCCACAGUCAAAUCUUAUUGUCUCAGGUUCGUUCGAUGAAAGUGUCAGAAUUUGGGACGUCAAAACAGGAAAAUGUCUAAAAACUUUGCCAGCUCACUCUGAUCCGGUUAGUGCGGUUAAUUUUAACCGUGAUGGGACUCUCAUUGUAUCCAGCAGUUAUGAUGGAUUAUGUCGAAUUUGGGACACUACCUCAGGACAGUGUCUUAAAACACUGAUUGAUGAUGACAAUCCUCCUGUAUCAUUUGUGAAAUUUUCUCCAAAUGGCAAAUACAUCUUGGCUGCAACUCUAGACAACACAUUGAAGUUGUGGGAUUACAGCAAAGGGAAAUGUCUUAAAACAUAUACUGGACAUAAGAAUGAAAAAUAUUGUAUUUUUGCUAAUUUUUCAGUCACAGGAGGCAAGUGGAUUGUGUCUGGCUCAGAAGACAACCUUAUAUAUAUUUGGAAUCUACAGACCAAAGAAAUAGUUCAAAAACUGGAAGGGCAUUCAGAUGUAGUGCUUUGUACAGCUUGCCAUCCCACUCAAAAUAUCAUAGCCUCUGGAGCACUGGAAAACGAUAAAACUAUAAAGUUGUGGAAAAGUGACACUUAAAUCAAAACAGUGAACUGUCUUUUUUUUUCUAUAAGGUGACAUUGUUACAAAGGACUUUUCAGUUUUUUAGGGUAUUUUUAUUACUAUGAUUUUUCAUUAUUCAAAACUGAAAUUAUUAUUUUUUUGAAGUGAGUGUUACAAAGGACUUUUUUUUUCUUUGAAGGUAUUUUUAUUACUUGUUUUUCAUUAUUAUUAGUUAAUACAUUAACCAGACGGUGUCACAUAUAUUGUAAAAAUUGAAUGUAGAUUUCUUUUGAUAAGUACAUGUACUAAAAUCAUUUUUCUGUAAGUAUGACAUCCGUACCUGCGUACGUUAUGGAAGUGGCCUGUAUUUUAACAUACACCCCCUCUUGUAUUUGCUUAGAUUUCAGUUCAGUUUAAAGUUAUUCCAUGGAGUAUACACAUCAUUAUGCAUAUUUUGUGUGUUUUGAGAUGUUACUAUGUAAUGUACUCAAGAAAAUAGCUUAAACUAUGCUCUGCAUAUUGUUUUCUACUGAUAAAGAGAUGCACUGACUUCUUGAAGAAAUGCAGUAUUGGUAACAUGAGUAAACAAAAUUUUUUGUCUUGUUAAGAGUGCCAUGGGUUGAGGCGGGAAUUCUUGCAAUAUGCCAUGUAAAUUCUUUGUUUAGUUUUUUUAAUGUAGACCUCAUCAUGUAAUGUAUGAACCGGAAAGUGUGAUUGUUUAAUAAUCUCUUUAUUUAUUUAUUUUUUAAAGCAUUUACUUAACCAGGGUACCAUUUUUAGAAACAACAUAAUGAGAUAUAUAUAUGCAAAUAAUGGAACAAACUCAUUAUGAAAAUGAAGUAGUAAAUAUAAGAGGUGAUUUAUAUUUUGCCUGUUCAGUAAAAACACUCAUGAUUUUCCUAUUUAUAGGAAAUCAAUAUGCCAGUAUUUCCAUUUACUGUAGUGGUUAAAAAAUUUGAGUUUCAUUUAAAUAAUUGAAUUUUGAGGGUAUAGUCAUUUUUCAAGUAACAGUAUAUUGUAUGGUAAAACUACACUCCAUUUAACAAAUCCAGUACAAAUAUGAAAGCCUAAACCUGGUCAUGACGUACAAGUUUAUACAGUCUUAGAUCCUCUAUUUUCAUUUGUUUGAUACCUAUGUCAUGGCUUCAUUUAUUAAAGUUUUCUGGGUGUAUAUCUAAAUACGUGUCAUGAUUAGUGUUUUUUCAUUUUUAUUACGAGAAUUUUAUAUGGCUCAUCCAUGAUUGGAAAGUGUGACCUAGGGGUAAUUAUUGCGAAGAAAUAUAUUGAAAGUUUUA